AUGGCGUACCGGCCAGACUCCGAGGCGCCACUGCUCGCAAAGGCGGACCACGCUGGCCCGUCCAUGCCGGCGGCGGUGAAGUGGAACAAGUACCCGUUCUUCUGCGCCGUGCUCGCCUCCAUGACCUCCGUCCUCACAGGCUACAACGUGGCGGUGAUGAGCGGCGCGCAGAUCUUCAUGGCGGAGGACAUCGGGGUGACCGACACGCAGAUCGAGGUGCUCGCGGGGGUCAUCAACAUCUACUCGCUCAUCGGCGCGCUGCUGGCGGGGUGGACCUCUGACCGGUACGGCCGGCGCCUCACCAUCGUGCUCACCAAUGUGUUCUUCCUCGUCGGCGCGCUCACCAUGACGCUUGCCGGAGGGUUCGCCGCGCUCAUGGUUGGCCGGUUCGUCGCCGGCAUCGGUGUCGGGUACGCCUUCGUCAUCGGCCCCGUCUACGCCGCCGAGAUCGCGCCCGCAUCAUCCCGCGGUCUCCUCACCUGUCUCCCCGAGAUUUUUUGUGCUUCGGGGGCGAUGCUGAGCUACGUGUCAAACCUUGUCUUCUCGGGCCUGCCAGUGCACCUGUCAUGGCGGGUGAUGUUCGGGGCGGGGGUGGUGCCCACGGUGUUCCUGGCAGCCGGUGUGCUCACCAUGCCGGAGUCACCGCGGUGGCUAGCCAUGAAGGGCCGGGUCGCCGAGGCGAAGGCUGUGCUCCACAAGACGUCGGACACGGCGGACGAGGCCGACCAGCGGCUGCUCGAGAUCGAGGAAGUGGUCUCCAGCGGCAACAGAGGAAGCGUCGACGGCGAAGGCGGCAGCAGCGCCAGCGCGUGGAGGGAAGUGGCGACGAAGCCCGGCGUCCGCCGCGUGCUGGCCAUGGUGCUGACGCUGCAGUUCUUCCAGCAGGCGUCGGGCAUCGACAUGAUGGUCCUGUACGGCCCGCGGAUCCUCGCCACGGCCGGCGUCACGUCGAGCACCCUGAUCCUGAGCCUCAACAUCCUCUUCGGCGUCGCCAAGGCGGCGCCCGUUCUCAUCACCAUGGUGCUAGCCGACCGCGUCGGCCGCCGCCCGCUCCUCCUCUUUAGCACGGGAGGCAUGACGGCGUCGCUGCUGCUCCUGGGCUCCCUGUUCGCCGUGGGCACCAAGCACGACGCCGCUGUCGCCGCGGUGAGCGUGGCAACCGCGGUGGCAUACGUGGUGGCCUUUGCCCUCGGGUUCGGGCCCCUGGCGUGGGUGUACAGCUCAGAGAUCCUGCCCCUCCGGCUGCGAGGGCAGGGCGCCGGGCUCGGCACCGCCAUGAACCGGAUCAUGUGCGGCGUGGUCAUCAUGACCUUCAUCUCGCUCUAUCAGGCCAUCACCAUGGCGGGCGUCUUCUUCCUCUACGCCGCCAUCGCCGCCGCCGCGUUUGUCUUUGUCUACCUGUGCCUGCCGGAGACGAGGGGCCGCAGCCUCGAGUACAUGGAGGAGCUCUUCCACACCAAGUGA